CAAUCCGGAAAGUGGCUCUCCGUACUAUUUCGUUUCUCACUACAACUUUGUUCAUUGCAUAUUACAAGAUGGCGGCCUCCAUGAAACAGAAAUGUUAAAUAUUUUGUAAGUCUAGAAUGGCAACAAAAAGAAGUCACAUAGACAUUGAUCCAGAUUAUGAAGAUGUAACCCAGGCACAGACUAAGAGACAGAAAGUUCUGGAAGAAGAUGCUAAAGAGAGUACGAGAAAGAAAAUAGAGAUGAUUGUAAGGAAUGAGUUUCAUCAGGAACUCAAGAAUAAAGAGAAAGAACUGGACUGCAUUGAUCAGAGUUUAAGACAUUGCCAGGUGGUGAUGGACAGACUCCGCGCCUGUAUUGUGGCUAAUUACUAUGGAUCAGCCAGUCAGCAGAGAUUCAUCAAGAAUGAUCCUCAGCCGAUUGUACCCAUACACCCAGCUGUGAAGGACACGCUGGGAAAACGACCUCUCCAAACCACAAUCAAAGUGGAACCCAAAACAGAACACGAUUCAACUGAGAGGCUGGUCAUGAAGCAGGAACUGCCAGAGAUAAAAGAGACAAAGGAGGGCGUGUUGAUAAAACAGGAAGUGUCAAACGAUGGGAGAACAAACAGAUCAAAUCGAUUUAAAGUCCUGAGAAGAAUUGUUAUUGGGAAUGUUUCAAAGUACAUCCCAGUUGACAGAAGAGAUGAAAAUGACCAAUCAACUCAUAAGUGGAUGGUGUAUGUCAGGGGCCCAAAGGGGGAACCCAACAUUGAUCACUUUGUGAAGAAAGUCUGGUUUUUCCUGCACCCCAGCUACCGACCUAAUGACCUUGUUGAAGUGUCACAACCCCCAUUCCAUCUUACACGGCGUGGGUGGGGGGAGUUUCCCGUUCGAGUGCAGCUGUACUUUCAGGAUGCAAGGAAUAAAAAAGUAGAUGUCAUUCACCAAUUAAAGCUUGACAGGACUUAUACUGGUCUACAAACUCUGGGAUCAGAGACGGUGAUAGACGUUGAAUUGGAAAAGGAUAUAGAAGUAAAACCUUCCAUCAAAGUCACUUGUAAUGGGUCGCCAUCAACGGGGGACGCCAUAGAAACAAAUGUCACGAUUCCUGAGCAUUUGUCCCCGAUCAAAAAAGAAAUCAAGAAGGAGAAUAAUUCACCCAGAUUAUCUGACGUAAAAACUCCCAAUAAGAAUCUCAACAAAUCCCAAAAUAUCUCUAAAAGUGUUUCCCAGUUUUCUCCAGGCAGUAAACAAUCCAACAUGACCCUAACUUUGGGAACUUUUGGAUCUUUGACUUCAUGUAGCAUUAACAAGUCGGGGACCAUAGAAACGGGUCAGAAUGGAACCCCUAUCAAUGGUUUUAAGCAGCAAUCUGCCCACAGUUCUGCAAGUGUUUCAGAGGCAGAGGGUGCUUUGUCAAAACAUUCUUCAGAAUUACAGAAAAUGCUCCUUCAGACUAUGCCUCCAUCAGUGGGAAAGGGGUCAUCUAUUUCACCAAGAAAUGCCCAAGUGGUACAAACGGUCAAGUCUUCUAGAGAAGACCAGAAAGGAAAUUCAAGUGUUGUGAAAUUCUCCACUUCAGGCACUGUUAAUUCUCAGCAAGGAAAGUCUCCACAAAAGUCUGGUAAUGGUGUUAUAUCACAAGGAAUUCGCACACAAUCAGCCAGUCAAAAUUCACAACCACCCAAUCAAACAACAGUGUCAUCAGGGACUCUCGGGACUCAGGCACAGACGCUUUAUAUUCGAUGCAAAGACAACCAGGGAAAUAUAUUUCUCGUCCCUCAUCAUCUGUUGAAAACUGUACCUGGUACACCUGCAGGAAGCCAGCCAGUGAAUAGCCCGACACAUAAAGGGAUCACAUCGAGUCCCAAAACAAUGCCCUCAAAGGGAUCUCCACAGAAGAUGGACAGUGUAUCUCUAACACAGAAUUCUGCAGCAGCGGAUGUGAACACAGCUAGUGUUUUCUCUAGUCCUCUGAAAACUCAGGUUUCUACUGUAACUGCUCAAAAUCAAACAGUCUUUCAGCAGUCUGUAGGAGCUACAUGUAAGUCUGUCUUUCAGAAACCUGUAGUGCAAAAUUCUCAAUUACUCAUCAGGUCCCAUGCACCCAUAACAAAAAGCAAUAUAUCUCCAGCACCUGGCGUGCCUAGUCCUGUGUUACUGAUAAAAACUGAGGUUAAUCCUGCGAGACCAGUGCUCACAGUUGGCCAGCCUACCAAAGCACUGGACAAAAAUGGAAAAGAAGUGACCCAGCCAACACAGCUACAACUGCACCUGCAGGGACAGAUUCCUCACAACCAGCUCAAAGUCACUAGCCAGGGACUGAAGUCCGUGCAGCCGUCCGGAAAGAACAGGGUCAGCAAAAAAAUUGAAACUGUGACACUCAUCCAAAAGACAGACUCAAAUGUGGAGAAUAAGGUCCCCAGCAAGACUUGUCAGCUGGCCUCAUUGCUCAGGGGGGACAUAGCAGCAGCUCACAGAAACGCAGGGAAGCAGGUGUCUCUAGUGGCUGGUGUAAAUGCAACCUCUGCUCAGGUGCUCAGUAGUCAAAGCACCACACAGAAUGUUUUGGUUCAAAAAACUGUAGAAUCUCAAAAGGAUACAUUUUCAUCCAAUGGGGGGUUAAAACCAACAGCAGGGAGAAACAUGGCUGAUGCCUCCACUUCUGGAAACCAAGGUACCAAAUUGCAACAGACCCCAGUUAGUGUUAUUUCUCAAGCAAUUCCAAAAUCUAUGCAUUCUGUUAUCCUCGUGAAUCAAGAGGCCAACAAAGUGCCUGCCAUUCAGCUCCCUUGUAAAACAGUUGAUAGUAGUGCCCUUACUCAGUGUAGUGGACCUGUGAUGCUUACAUCAAGUACAAAAACCACCAUAGCUGGGGGGUCACCUUCCUCAACAUUAACGUCUGCAUCUAUCAAUCUUGCUAAACAACAAGUUGCUGGUAGAAGUGAUCUUUCUUCGGGGUUAGUUGCAGGAAGCAAGGAACAGCUGAAGACAGUGAUAGCCAAGAUAGGCACACAAACCCUGUUGCUGCAGUUACCUGUAUCAGAAUCAGGGACCCUGAACAAACCUGUGGAAGUGCCAAAGGUCAACAAGGUUGUCUCCAAGCUAGCAGAAGCUCCAUCAAAUGCAGCACUCAUAGAAAGUCUAAAGAAACAGGCAGCAGAGAAAGAGGCAAGUCUGAUAGCAAAAGCAAGGUUGUCGUACAAGGAGAGAAAACUUGGAUUGCCUGUGAGUACUGACCCACAAACAGACACACAAGAAAAGAGAAUUCAUAAGUGGAAGAAGAAAUCACCAGAGGACAAAUUGCUGAAAUUUUCCCAGAAGUCUCUGCAGGACAGCACUGAGCCAGUGAAAGAUGUAGUUCCUCUUUGUGUUGAAAACUACCCAGAUAUGCAGUCGUUGGUCAGGGCAGCCAUUAAAAGACAUCCGAUUGUUUCUCCAUCUGCAAACAUUUGUCAGCACCCAUACUGUGCGAGUACUGUGGAGCAGUGGUUGUCAUGGAACGUGGGAAGACGACGAGCAUCAGAGUGGCAAAGAGCAGCAGCAUGUCAAAAGUAUUUGAAAAAGUCUUUGAAAGGAGACCAGUUUAAAGGGAACCAGCUAUGGUCCGUGAAGCAAAUUGUUUACUGGUGUCGUCUGCAUACCUACAGUCCACAUUAUAUGGAGAAAACUCUGCAUCCAACAGGGGUAGAUUUCCCCAUGAAGAACGCAAGAAUGGGAGGUGGGUUUUCUUCAGCAACAGACAGUUUUACCACAAUAGUAGAUGUUGACCGGAUCAAUAAUAGACUAAGCAGGGAGAGCUGUUCUGAAGAGGAGGUUGAUAUUAUUUCCACAGAGCCACCAAAGCAGAAAAUUAAAGUGGAACCUCAGGAGGAGACUGAGGACCUCGAGGACCCCUUCAUUCUGCCACCAUCUGAUAAUGCCCGCUUUGUGCAGGAUGUGACUCAAAAGAUUGGGGUGAUGUUUGAGCCAGUUCCUGUCCUGGAUGAUGUUCAUAGCUCCGUAUCAGAGGAUAUUGUAUUUAAGGCAAUGCUGUGUUUUGUUGAGGAUGUCAUUACAGAGACCUUUUCUUACAAGGUUAACAUGGGCAGGUAUCCUGAUGGUAUCGGAGUUGUGGAUGUGUAUAAGGCUCUGUCUGUACUCCCACAAGCUGACUUCCUGACGAACAAACAUCUGGGUGUAAAGGACAUCACCAGGUGACACAGGGAGACUGGAGCUUCCGUGUGUUCUACAGAUACCAGAGACAUAUCAAUGUUUAUCACGCGUACAAUGAGCAUGAUCAAUCAGAGUUCUUCACUAGCUCAGACAUUGAAUUUCUGAUUUAUAUUGUUCAACUUUAUAAGUUGAUAGACAUGAUGAUGAGAGUUUAUUUAUUGGAAUAUUUGAGCUAGACUUUCUGAAUUUAGCUUGAGUAUUGUGAAAUGUUUGUAUUCAAUAUUUGUCACCAGAGAUUUGAAAAUGUAUAAGAUUUGAAAUAUUACCUGUUGUAUAAAUUUUUAGAGAAUAUUAGGGAGAAUGACGAUUUGGUUUUUUUCCCAAUCUGACAAGAAAUAUAUGAAUAUUGCUCUGAAAGAUCAAUCUUGACAGAGGUUAUUUACACAUAGUAAAUAAAACCUCAUUCACGAGAGUAUGCAUGUAAAUUAUUUUUUAUAUUUCUGAGUCGUUUGCCUAAUAUAAAGUCAUUAUUUCCAUCUCCUAUGGUGGUCAGAUGUCUGGUCCGUACUGUAGGUCACAUUUAUUUCUCGAGACCUCAUCUUCGCAAGGAUGCAUUAAUGUAUUUAUUCACGAGACAUAACUUUCACAAAAUAUCUUUUAUCGCUUAAUUCUUCUGUAUUUCUAAACUAAAUUUUUUCAUAUGACCAGGUUUGCAAAAUUGUACUGUAUACAGGGAAACAUUCGCCCCUGUUUUAUUUUCGUUCCUUUUGCCCUCGUUGUCAUCACUUGGCAAUUCGUUCCUUUUGCCCUCGUUGUCAUCACUUGGCAAAUUUAAGAGUGGGUGAAACUGUUUUCUCUCAUACCUCUCUUCAUUAACGCAACAAUGUCUGGACGAAUUCAAAACUUGGCGAAACUGUCUGCAAGUGUAGAAAGUCGAAAAUGACCAUGAGUGACCCUGUGUACAGUAUGUAAAUAAUGUUCUCAUGAAUAAAAUUUGAUUUACAGUAGCCGACUCUUAGCUGAUGUGGGGGCCUCUUAUAUCCUAGCUGAUGUGGGGGCCCCUUAUAUCCUAGCUGAUGUGGGGGCCCCUGCACACAGCAGUAAAAGCCAUUUCUACAACAACAAAAUCAAAAUAUCAAUUUGGUCAUCUCUGCCAAUUUCUAUAUCCCUUUUCUGCAAAUAUUUGCGAUAAAAAAUUUAGUAAGGAAACUCUCAGGGUCAAAUAUUGCUUUCCUGAAAACAGUGAAAUACAAGUACAAUAUGGAAUCGCGCACAUCGAGAUAGUUCCAGUACAUAUUGAGAGCUUGUUACAUUUCCAUGGAGUUAAAGUAAUAUUUUGACAGACAUUGAUUAAAGUGUGAAAAUAGCACUGGAAUUUCUAUUUUACAUAUCCUGUGUUGUGAGACUUAUUGACUUAUUUACAUGUUGGUUAAAAUGAUGAGAGUGGUCAAGAUACAGGUAAAGUCAUUUCCUGUGUGGUGUUGUUUUGUUACUUUGGGAUUUUCUAAAGACAGCAAAAAGGGGAAACGAUGGAAAAUGUGAAAAGGAGAAAAUUGUUCAGAAGCAUGUUUCUCAAAACUUUAAUCUUUCAACAAAAAUACUGAUAGAUUUUAAA